AUGACGACGAGAUACAGAGUAGAGUACGCUCUCAAGACCCACAGACGGGACCAGUUCAUAGAAUGGAUCAAGGGCCUUCUAGCCGUCCCCUUCGUUCUCUACUCCCAACCCACCGGGGUUUUCGACACGAGAGCGACGAGCAUCGCCCACAUGGCCGAGGAAUCCCACCGUCGUUAUGCCGAGAUCUUCCGCGAUGUCGAGCACAUGAUUGACGACCACAUCACCCGCCAAGACGAGGCAAACAACCUCCCCUCCAAGCUCAAGAUGCUCGUCCCCAGCGCAGGGCCCUUCUUCACCCGUCUGCCCCUCGAGGCCGCCUUCAACCACAUGGACACGCGCCGCCUCAUCUCAUCACGCCGCUACGUCUCGCCGUCCUUCAACGACGUCCGCCUCAUCCUCAACGCCGCCCAGAUCAUGGCCGUCACCGCCGCCCCCGACUCCCCGCUUCAGCUCGCCACCUUUGACGGAGACGUCACCCUCUACGACGAUGGCGAAAGCCUGGAGCCUUCGAGUCCGCUGAUCCCGCGUCUGUUGGACCUCCUCCGCAAAGACAUCAAAAUUGGCAUCGUCACCGCGGCAGGCUACACGACCGCGGACCGCUACUACGCCCGCCUCCACGGCCUCCUCGACGCCAUCGCGGCCUCCACAGACCUGACGCCGACCCAGAAGGAAUCCAUCGUCAUCAUGGGCGGCGAGGCCAACUACCUCUUCGAAUACGCUCCGCAGUCCCCGCACCUCCUGUCCCCUGUGCCGCUCGAGCAGUGGCUCACGCCCGAGAUGGCAGCUUGGUCCGAGUCCGACAUCACGGCGCUCCUCGACGUCGCCGAGGCCGCCCUGCUCGACUGCGUCAAGACACUCAACCUGCCUGCCACGCUGCUCCGAAAGGACCGCGCCGUCGGCAUCAUACCGACGGACCCCUCCAUCCGCAUCCCCCGCGAGUCGCUCGAGGAGACGGUCCUGGUCGUGCAGAAGAUUCUCGAGCUCUCGGCGCUGGGGUCCGCCGCGCGGGCACCAGGCGGCGGGGACUCCCCGACCACCGCCGGACCCCGCCCGCGGGUCCCCUUCUGCGCCUUUAACGGCGGCCGCGACGUCUUCGUCGACAUCGGCGACAAGUCGUGGGGAGUGACCGUCUGCCAGCGGUGGUUCGCCGCCAAGGCGGGCCGCGCCGAGCAGCCCAUCGCCGGCGAGAAUACGCUGCACAUCGGGGACCAGUUCCUCAGCGCCGGGAGCAACGACUUCAAGGCGCGUUCUGUGGGCACCACGGCCUGGAUCGCGAGCCCGGCAGAGACCACCGAGCUGCUGGACGACCUGAUUGCGAGGGUGUGA